AUGGUCCACCGGCACUGGAACCACACAUCGCCGACGGAGAUGCCAGACUCUCCCGUCGCGGAGAGGUGGCGGGCAUUGCUACCUGCCGUCUCGCUGGCGUUUGGCAUACUGGCGUCGGCCGUCUUUGCGCUCCGUGUGUAUGCCUCGCGGUUUGCGUCGUGCAAGAUACGGGCAGAGGAUAUGUUGAUGGGCAUCAGCGUUGUGCUGAUGUGGGGGACCGUUGCCUCGGUACUAUUAAAAGCAUACAACGGCAUUGGACUCCCUGGAUGGGAGAUUCCACGAGAACGAAAACAUUUACUCAAUCUUGGCUCAUUUUUGAUCCCCAAGUUCUGGGCCAGCUCGACCGCGUGCUGCAAAGUCGCCAUCAUUAUCUUCCUGCGCCGGGCCGUCGGCUUCAAGCGCUCCAUCAACGUGACACUCAUUGUCGUGGCCGUCGUCUCCCUGCUGUGGGCGCUGGGCGCCAUCUUCUUCUCGACCUUUACGUGCAAGCCCGUCUCCUUCUACUGGGACAAGUCGAGCCAUGACGGCCACUGCUUGCAGCGACGCCACUACAGGAAUGGCAACAUUGUCAUCGCCCUGAUUGGCAUGCUGACGGACGUUGUCAUCCUCAUCAUUCCCAUGCCGACGCUUUGGAAGUCGCAGAUGCGCAGGAAGCAAAAGAUUGCUACGACGGGAGUUUUGGGUAUUGGUCUAUUUGUCUGCAUAUUCAGCUUGCUGCGAGUUGUACAGUUCUUCUAUCUCGACUUGGAGCACAUCUCAACUUCGAGCGGCCUGGAGAGUCUAUGGACCGUGCUCGAAAACGAGUUCGCCGUCAUCUGCGGCUGCGCCCCCCAGCUCGCUCCGCUGUUCCACAGUCUGCGUCCUUCCAAGGCAAAGAGCUCAGGUUAUGCCGGGAUGUUUGAUACAUCGGUGCUGGGCAAGCAUACCAAGAUGAGCGUCAUUCGCACGACAGUCAGCGGCAAGGUCGACGGCGAGGCAAUGCCGGGUCUGCGGAUGGCGCCAAGAGACGGCAGAAGCUCGUCCGAGAUUGAGCUCAAGGGCAUUGAAGUGCACACUGCGAUCAAUCAAGAAGUGUCGGCGGAUGGAAGCCGGCAUCAUGAUUCAGGGCGUUCGUCCACAGCAGUGGAGAGUGGAAGUUAUACCCGCAUCUAG